AGGAAGACCAUUGAUUCUACAGGUGAAAGAGGUCAUUGAUCGAUCACCCAGCUCAAAAAGAUGGGGAAGCCUGGAGCGUUGAUUCCGGUGCUAGCUCUUCUUGCCUGCUUGGCUUUUGGGCUUGUGUCCGGCGGCAACUUCAACGACGAUUGCGAAGCGACCUGGGAGCCCCAGAACUGCUGGGUUUACGAUGCUGGCAAUAGCCUCUCCCUCGCCCUCGUCAGCAACUCCUCAGGCUCGAUGAUCCGGUCCAAGAGGCAGUUCAUCUACGGGACCGUCUCCACAUGGAUCCAGCUCGUCAAGGGCAACUCUGCCGGCACCGUCACAACAUAUUACCUAUCGUCGGUGGGAGACAACCAUGACGAGAUCGACUUCGAGUUCCUGGGGAAUGAGACCGGGCAGCCCUACACCCUGCACACCAACGUCUACGCCGACGGCGUUGGCAACAAGGAGAUGCAGUUCGUGCCCUGGUUUGACCCCACCGACGGCUACCACAAGUACACCAUCUCCUGGACGCCCUGCAUGAUCGUCUGGUACGUCGACGACCUACCCAUCAGGGUAUUCCGCAACUACCGCGAGAGCAACGGCGUGGCCUUCCCGACGAGCCGCCCCAUGUACGCCUACUCCAGCAUCUGGUCCGCCGACGACUGGGCCACGCAGGGCGGCCGCGUCAAGACCGACUGGACCCACUCCCCCUUCGUCGCCAACUACCACGGCAUCGACCUCGACAUCUGCGAGUGCUACGGCGGCGACUGCAUCUACGGCUGCGCCGGCGCCUACGGCCAGCCCUACUGCGGCGGGCUCACCGACGAGCAGCGCUGGAAGAUGCAGUGGGUACAGGAGAAAUACAGGAUCUACGACUACUGCGUGGACUACAAGGACGGCAAGGUGCCCGGCGUCGAGUGCAGCCUGCCCCAGUACUGAAUCAACACCCACGGCUGGCAUUCGUGCUCGCCGCUCAUGCAUGUUGAUUAUAUUUCCCAAUGUUUGUCCAUAGACUAUUUUUGGAGUUCUCUUUUCGAUUCUAUCUAUAUUUAAACGUUUGUUCUUUUGUUUGUAAGGGGUCAUAUAUAUUUUUCUUGAAUCAAUAUAAGAGCUUGGAGCUCCUUUUCUUUUCGAAUAUA